AGAAAAAAACAAUUUUUUUUUAGAUUUUUUCACAGUGUAUAUUUUUUUAAAAAAGAAAAAACAUACCAUCUUACUUUGUCAAAGGCACUAUACCGAUAAAAUCAACCGUUUUGGCCCUGAAAAUAUUUGUUAUUCCCAAAAAAUGGUGGGCGAUCUUACCCCGCUGGCCCCGGUGGGCAGGCUUACCCCACAUGAAAAAGAUCUGCACAUUUUCAAUGAAUUUUUAAAAUCGAAAAAAAGCUGGAAAAUAAAUAUUUCAGUUCUAAUUUUGUAAAUGCGGAUAUUAAAUAGAAGAACCUCUUAGCGAAGAAAAAAUGAAAUUGCAGAAGCAACUUUUUUUUCUAUUAACACAAUUGCUUAAGGGGGAGGACUUACCCCGCUUACCUCUAUGUGGCACCUCUUUCGCUCACCAUCAAACAAAUAUCUAACAACUCACUCAUCGAAAUUGCAGACUUUCACCAACGAGGAAAUUAAAUUAAACCUCGCAAGUUGUUUGUCAUGUACGCUAUUUCUCUAAAGGUCACGCAUGGACACUGCAUCAAACAAAUAACUAACAACUCACCAGUUCUUCGGUCUUCUAGAUCAAACGGUAAAUUUUAAGUCAUUGUACUUCCGUGAACGCAACUACCAAUCGCGAGUAUGACACGUUCGAAAUGCUUUCGUCGGACGGCGAAAGUGACCGUUAUUCGAUUGCUAUAUAAACACUGUAAAACGUACAACUCGGUUAAGUUUAGAUACUAUUCUGAAGACAAACCCAUUUUUAAGGGUCAAUAAUGAGUGGUCCGUGGGUGGUCUGUUCAGCGCUUUGCGGUCUGCUAGUGCAGUCUUUAGCGGUUAUGGUCAGAGUUCCUUCUAUUAAACCAGUUGCGAGUUUUGACUCCAUCGAUUCUCCACCAGUUUGUUAUAAAACCGUGGAACCUGCGGAACAGCAAAUUUGCACUCCUGCACAGGUUUUGUAUCAACGAAUGCAAGGACAAUUAGCCAUCAUAAUUAAAGAAAUUGAGAAGGUUCAAGAAGAAGGUCGUCGCAAGAUUGCCGAAAGUGAACGACAUCUGCCGCAGCCAAAGCCGAUCCGUUCGGAGCAGCUGUGGAUGCUGGCACAGCAACUGCAAAACUUCCAACUGGCCGGUAUUGUUGGCAGUGUGCUACCGGAUGGGAAUGCCAUCCGUCGAAUCGCCCCAAAGCAAUUGUCGUAAUGAACGACGGGUGCGUGGGAAGAAAUAAAAGUGUGAUACCGUUGGUGUUAGGUGAUAUUGCCUUAUAGUACAAUGAAAUGAGAAUAUAAGUUAGCUUUGAAAAAGUGCUGAUUGCGUUUUAAAAUUGAAUGCGAGUUCGUGAGUGCUCUGGAGGCAAAUGAAGAGUGCAAUCUAUGGCUGUUUUGCU